AUAGUAACAACAGCGUUGUAUUCCCCUGCGUCGAUGGCUGGCCCGAGUCGGGGGUUUGUAACGCGGACGUUACCGGAGGCUGUACAUCUCAUUUUUCUAUUACUUUGUGCACUUCCAUGUGCUCGGUGAAGUCAGAGUGUGUCGCCGUGUCGUUAACGCCAGCGCGAUCCACGUAAAUUCAGGCCCACAUCACCGGUGGCCAGGUCCACCGGCAUCGGUGAGGACACGGCGUUUUGCCGUUUGUGUUAUCAGUACCAUGCGGGCUCGACAUGGAGGAGGUGGCAGUGACAAUGGGAAAGAAGGAUUCACUGAAGUCUCUGCUGAUGCGGGCCUGGCGGGAGCGCUGGGAUGAGCAGGCAUGGGGCAUUGCCAUCAAACAGAUUCUGCCGCGUGGCGUCAGUGGCGACGUCUACGACCUGGCGCCCACCAUGUUGCAGCUGUCGACCGGAGGGCCUGCAAUCAACACCAUCAUCUUCCGAUACAUCAAACACUCGCUCUGCUCAGGGAUUAUAUCGCACCAGGCUGUACUGGAAGCAGUGUCGGGAUUCCGCAGCUUCGACAAGGUCCACUGUGUAUCGGCGUGCCUGGGUAUUGUGGCCAUUGUGGAGAGCCAGGUGCAGUGCCGUGGCAAGCAGGAGGAGUGCAUGGCGCUGGCGUGCUCCGUGCUGGCGCUGGUGGAGUGGCUGUCGGCGCUGGCCGAGGCGGCGAGCGCGUCGCCGGCCGAGCCCGAGCGGCCGGCGCUGCUGGCGCGGCUGGCCGGCCUCGCCGACAGCGUGGCUCGAAACAGCUUCCUGACGGCGCUGCUGUACCUCGGCCGGCUGGAGGAUCCCGUCAAAGCGGGGCUCGUCACCAAAGUGCUGAACCAUCUGGGAGAGGAGCUGGAGGAGCUCGGGGAACACCAGAGCAUCGUCAGACACCUCCGGACGCUGAUGGAGUACGAACCGUCGGCGAGCCUCUGGCCGUCGACCGAGUCGAAGCCAGUGGUGCCCAGCGUGCACUGCCUGCUGCAGGUGGAGCUCACCUGCUUCCGGGUGCGGCCGCCGCAGGCGCUGGCCGACCGGCUGCUGCUGCUCCAGCAGACGCAGGGCAUGUCGGCCAGGGACCUGUACUACAACAUCGUGCGCACCUGCUGCGACGGCCUGUCGCAGUCGGUCGGCACGGACAUGGGCCGCUACUGGGUCCAGUUCACCUACCACCGGCUGCCCAAACUGAUGGUCUGCCUGCACAGCGCGCUGGCCGGCUCUGGUGGGCCGUCGACUGACCUGGCGGCCGCGUUCUGGCGGCUGGUGUCCAGCGGCGGCCAGCUGGACCUGGUCGACUUGCUCUACAACCGCGACAACCAGGACACGCUGGAGCUGCUGCUCAAGGAGAUGACGAAGACCGAGGUGCUGUCGGAGCAGGACUUACAGCGCAUCAUGGAGCACAGGGCGGAGGUGAGCCGGGCUCCGCGGCUCCGGCAGCUGCAGUCGGCCAUCACGCAGAACUGCUCCAGCGACAGUCCGACGAGCAUCCUGCGCGCCGACCCCACCGUCAAGAGCAUCCUCAACACCAUGGAGGUGCAGCAGCAGGAGGCCGGGAUCUCCAAGAUCACCACGGUGCUGUUCCACAUGCUGGGGCCGUCGCAGCAUCUGGUGAUCGGUGCCGCCGUCGGAAUCGGCAAGGUCCAGCUGCUGAUGAAGCACUUGAUCAUGCUGAACAGCUUGCGGACCUCGCCGUCGGCCGAGUCGCCGUCCAUUAUCAAGAACCAGGCCAUCCUCUUCGAGGUUACAUUCCUCAUCGUCAUGACAACCGUAAAGAACUACGGCCUGGAGGCGCUGCCGCCGGCCCACUCGCUCAGCUGUCCGGACACGGGCGCCGAGCCGUUCAUCCAGCGCUGGAUCCGGCUCUGCUACCGGCCGAUGAGCGGACGCAGUGUGCUGCAGCUCACAGGGCUGGGCGAGCCGGGCCGCUUCACCAAGCUGUACGACCGGCUGAUGACGCCCGGCGCCAGUCUGCUGGUCAGUACCGUCCGUUGGGACGAGGUGUGCCUCAGCGUGCCGGCCUUUAUCUACUGGCUGCUCCUCUCCUGGUGCAACGGCAGCGUGUCGGCGGAGCAGGUGCAGACGGUGGUGGACAACAUGAACCGCCAGUUCGCCUGCCUCUCCGUCUGCGUCGUCGUCUUCCUCAACUCCGUGCUGCAGAGCUCCAACGAGCGGCUGGUGCAGAAGGCCCGUCUGCUGGUCAACAUGUACCUGGCCGCCGUGCCGGCCGACAGCCUGCCGACGGCCGACCAGGCGCCCGAGCGGCUGGCGCUCGCCCAGAACAUCAUGCACCACGUGCUGGACGACUUCCUGCCGCGUGACGAGCCGCUCCGCGGCGCCGGAGACGAGCCCAGCCCGCUGCUGCUCCACAUCCGCCAGCUCUGGGAGACGGCCGUCGGCCAGGGCUCGCUGUCGGCCAGUGACGUUACGGAGUUCCGCCGGCUGCUGGCCCGCGGCGGCGCCGUCUGGUUCGUCAGCUCCACUGUGGGGAUAGUGCUGGACUACCCGUUUGAGCGGGAGCGAGAGCGCGCCGAGCAGAUGGCGCUGGCCGUGUUUCACCUGGACCUGCCGCUCUGCGCGCUGGCACUCGCCUGGCACGUGCUCGUAGACUUCUUCGGCACCGGCUAUGGCCACGCGGGCCUCUCGGAGCCGAAGCUGGCGUGUCUGGCCCGGCUGACGGUAACGCUGCUGCUGCUGGCGGCCGACGGCCCCGCCCCGAGUGCCGCCGCCUCGUCCGAGUACCAGUGGCUGAGCUACCAGCUGCUGACGCGGCCGGCGCCGGCCACGCCGCCUACGCCUGAUCUCAUCUCGGCCGACGAGUACGAGCGGCCGCUGGCGGCGGCGGCGGCCGACGGCGCGCUGCCGGCGCUGGCGCGCGCCUGUCGACUCAUCGCCGCCCAGAUCACGGCCGUCGCUUACGAGAGCAAGGUGACCGUGUGGACGUUCUUCGCGGUGCAGUACAUCACGGAGGCGACGCGGCGCGGCGGACAGCGCAUGCACAAGCUGCUGGGCUCGCUCACUCUGGCCGCGGUGUGGCACCUCAUGUGCGCGUCGCCAGCCUCCUUCACGCCGGACAUGAUGGCGCGCCUGCUGGACGUGCACGACGGCCAGGGCCGCAAGAUGGCCGCCAAGGUGCUGUGCCAGCUGCAGUCGCUGCAGGUGGACGACCGCGAGGACGGCCGCUGACCUGACCUGACCUAUCCAGCGUGGCGCCGCCGAGAUGGUGGGACGUCCACGGGGCCGGCGUCCGCCGCCCGGCCCGUCCGUCCAGGCCGACACGCAGCCUGCCUGCGCUCGCCCCACCUGCGAGCCAGGCUACAGCGCGCGCUGCGGCGCUACACAUUGCCGCCCGGUACAAAUGCCUCAUAUGUGGAGGCGCGUAUGAGUCGCGCUGGCCGCGCUCCGUGCCGGGCCGGCCAGCUGCGGCGGCCGACAGCUGGCGACAAGAUUAAAGCGACACGGAUCGGUACGGCAUGCUUUAUUGGCGUCUCUCGACGCGGAGCUGACGAGUGCAGUACACGCGAUUCUUCUCG